CGCGCGGCGCGCUUGAAAGGCGCCCAUCUCGGUUGAAUAGCGGCCCAGCCCUCAGCUCGCUAUUUGCAGAACAAUGCAGGCUUGAUGUGCGCACGCCGCUACCGGGAAAGCGCGGAGGGAAAACGCGCGAAGUCGCCAGUCUCGGCCCGCAAGUGCGACCGGCCGCGCGCCGAAGCACGCACCACGCAAGCGCCCUGGCGCUCGACGCCACGCGCCGCGCUCGCCGCGGCGUUACGUUUUCCGAAUCGACCGCAGACGGCAACACUGCCACCGUGACAGAAUUUCAGUGUCAAAAGGUGCGCGUUCGCGAGUUCUACAUCGCGAUGCAGCGUUGCCCCUACAUCCACGAGAUGAAGGAGCGGCUGCUUGGCGCCCCCGUAGACGCGGAGACCAAGGACCAGCGGGCCCCCAUCGAGCGACCGCUCGAGUCUCAAGACAACCAGGUCGGCACCAUCGUCAAACUGAAUUCCGACGGCUACGGGUCGCACACGUCGCCGGCGCGUGCGCCACUCGUCGCGGACGAGUGCGAUGCGCCGCCGGACGAGACCGAAGCCCUAACGCCCACUGAGGUGGUGCUGAGGUACAGGGCCUGCUGCCAGCCUGAUUCUACGCCUAAAAAUGCCAAAACUUCACUGUUCAUCAUCUCGAGUUUCAUCUACGCCAAGCUCCUGGUUGUUGUGUGCAUAGCUUACGUCAUCAGCGAUGUUAUCACACACAACCUCCCUCUUUACUACUACGAAGGGUUCUUCACCUACCUGUAUGGCAUGAGCAUUCUGUUCUUGUUGUACGUCUUCUGCUUCUUGCUCCAAGAGAGUGCCUGCUGCAGUGGAAGCCCGCCAAAACCGAAGCCCCCGCCAAAAGAGAAGAAGCCCAAGAAAGAAAAGGAAAAGAAAACCAAAGAUAAGGAAGCAAAGGAAGGCAAAGAUGGAAAAGAAGGCAAAGAUAAGAAAGAUGGAAAGAAAGAUUCCAAGUCUAAAGACAAAGGAAAGGAUAAGGAAGAAAAGGAUAAGGCUACCAAAGAGGCUAAGAAACAAAGUCAAUUCCAGGAGGUGUAUCCCCGUAAGAUGCGUGAUAAAGUUCGUCAACAGCAAUUGCAAUUGCAAAUGGCGCAAUUGUAUGCGUCUGAUCAGCAGCAGCAACAGCAGGAUAUUGUGGAGCUCGAAGCUGGUCCAGUUGCGAGACCAGUCCGCAGGCGCAAGACUUCUCAAAACGAUCACAGCCAUGGCAGCUUCUUCCUGAGGAUUGGUGCAAUUGCAUUUGGUCUCGGAACAAUGAUCUACAAUGGUUUGGAGUUCGGAACAUUCUUCGAAUUACCUCUGGAGUCACCUUGUUACUUGAUCUUGAAGGGAGUUAAUCCUGUCUUACAAAUGGUCUUCACUUUCAUGCAAAUGUACUUCAUUUUCAUGAAUUCACGGCUAAACAUUCAUCGAUUCAAAGUGAUUGCCCGAUUCGGUCUGAUGCACGUAGUUGCUACAAACAUCUGUGUUUGGAUUCGUACUUUGGUACUCGAGUCACUGAAGGAAAUUACUGAUUACCACGUCAAGAACCCUCAGGGUUACUCCGGCGAAGGCGUGUUGGGAAAAGUCAUCCGUAAGCACACUCUGAGGCAUUCCGGCAAAGUGUUCGGUGCAGCUUCCACCGCCGCUACCUCUAUCGCAUCCACCGUUAUAACCACCGCUAAGACCACUGGAGAGCAACUCAUGAACGUUGUCACCUCCACAGCUGUUCCUACCACUACUCCUACCACAACAACUAUCUCAUCAUAUCAUAACGUUGGUGGUGGUAUAUUCCCUAAGUCAAAACUGAUCGACACUAUUAAGAGUACGGUAGGUUACGACAACGGGAUGGGAUAUGGUCGUGAGUUCAGAGAAUGGCCUAAUGACAAUCCUUUCACUACGACAUCUUUUGCACCGCUAACCACGGAGUCCGAUAAAGCGACUCAGACCCAGACGGCCAUGUUAGAAGUCUUCCAGUGGCUUCGUACUUCGACUCUGAAACCGAUCCUUAGCGCUAUAUCGACUAUGAUGCCAAGCACGUCUACGGGACAGAUAGUAACUGAUAGAGAUGAGUGGGGCAAUAGUGUCGAAACUUAUCGCGUAGAUGAACCGCCACAUUCGCCAGUAACCAACUCGUCUGAGAUCUUCGAGUCGUUCGACGGCCUGAACCCAGCUGCGCUGAUCGCCAAUAUUGAUAACACUACGGUGUGCGGCCGCAACCCAAUUAUGGGUACUAUCGUAACCGACUCGGCACCCUAUCUGUAUCCGUUCAUCAUUGAGUACUCCCUCAUCGGGGCUGCCGUCAUUUACGUUAUGUGGAAGCACAUUGGCCGCUACCCCAGCGUGGCCAACGACGAAGAUCUGGAAAGACGUCUGGAGGCUGUUCUCUCCCGCAGGGCGGCGGCGCUCGCGGCGGCUCAGCGUGGAAACCGCGUCGAUUGUGCUGGAGCCUCCAAGGGACUCUUCUGUGGACUUCUGCUACUCGUCGCCUCUCUCAUCUGCUUGAUACUCUUCUUCGUCCUGAUCAGACACCACGAGUUGAAGCGCCUGUCGAUCUAUUUGGCCGAUGUGUCUCACUGUGCUUUGAUGGUCCUUUCCAUACUGGCGAUUCUGAUCGGAUUUAUACGUGGUCGUGUAAUGAAAUGGAGCAAUACUCCUCCCUCCUGUACCGAGCCUCUCCGCAGGGUGCAAUCCUUGAAGUUCCGCUCCGAGGAACAGUCUGACCUGAACGACAUCCUGCUCCGUGUGUCUGCGUUUGGCCUCUUCGUGUAUGCCGUAUUCAGCGUCAUCGCUGGUGGAAUGGGAGCGUUCACUCACGAGCCAAACCUUCUCGUCAUGAUUACUGGCUGCUUGAGCGUACUUCAGGUGGUGCUGCAAUUGCUGUUCAUUGCCGAUGUUUCUCGCCGUCGCGUCCACCUGCCCGAACAAGAACGCAGCAAGCCCGCCCGUCAGGCUGUCACCUUCCUCUUGAUCUGCAAUGUCACCAUGUGGCUCAUCUACACCUUUGAAGCACAAAAAGUUCUGGCUAACCCUGUUCAACUCGAUUUCUACGGCUUCGUAGCCUGGUCUCUCGUCCAGCGCUUCACUCUACCGCUUUGUAUUUUCCAUCGCUUCCACUCAGCUGUCACCCUGGCCGAAAUAUGGAAGACCAGCUACAAAGCGCGUCUGGAGUGAGCGCUUCGACCUCACUAAGGUGGAGACCUAAGUCCAAUCAACAACAUCCUAGUCAAAUAGGAUGAAUGCUACGGAUUUCGUCCUUGUCCGGGACAGCAAUUUUUAUGUAGGUAGAACGGAUAAAAUUACUGCUAGUUUCAAAAUCAUCUCGCUAUUUCAAGUGUUAGUAUAGGUGUGACGAAUUUAGGAUGGUAAACAUUGCAUUUUACAAUGUAGAAAUGUCUAAGUAAUUGCUCUCCCGGAAAGUAUUGUAAUUGACACGACAUAUUCACCUGGAUCUACCUACCCUAUGGAUCAUCGUUAUGUUGGUUAUUAUUUGCUACGGUUCUUUCAUACUUCGUUUAUCUUUCACAUUCCAUUCUAUUUUUACAGAUUCAAUAAAAAUUAGGUUUCUUGAAAGACUGACUGUGGAGACUUUAAAGCGACCAAGCAUACAUAUUUUCAGCUCAUUUUCUUUAAUAGAUACGUAAACAGAAUUGCUCAGAUUUCUGAAUUCUAUACUUGCAAAAUUUAAAAGUUUGAAUGAGAGCGUUUUAACAUGAUUCGAUCGAAACACGAUAAUAAAAUAAUUCCCAGUUGUGAAAAGUUCCCUCCUUUGUUAGAAAUAAUUUGUGUGCCAUGGUUUUAGGGUUAAGGCUUGAUUAAAAUUGACAAUAUUUUAAAUUUCUGGAAACAUUUCAACCUAAAUUAAAGUCUAUCUUCUCUGCGACUGGUUCUUCGUUGUUAUUAUUGAUUGUAGUAAUUAAUUGACUUGAAAAAAUGUUGUCGAUGAAUUUAACAUUUCAACACAAAAUGGGAGCCGUUUUGUGUGUUUAAAACCGUAUCUAAUAUAUAUAUUAAGAUAUAAAAUUAAUUAAAAUAAAAUUAAUUACUAUAUUAAAGUUUCAGAAGAUUUAUUAGCCAACAUAAAUUUGAGGUAAACAUGUAGGAUUACUAUAAAAGUUUAAUAUAAUGUGGUAUCAUAAGAGGGUAGUUGACGUGUCGAAAACUAUAUCUGAUUAAACGUACUUAACUUUAGAGAAAGAGUAGACCUGCCGCUUAAGCUGCAGAGCGCCGCUUCAUACGGAUCAUUUGGGUAUUUGAGUUUAGGAGACAUUUUUAUUGCAAAGGGGCCAUAAAAAUGUAAAAUUUUUAUCACUAUGUAACAAGCACAUUUUAUAGCGCUGACGUUAGCAUGUUUGGAGAUGUGGUAACACUAGAUCUAGAAUUAAGAAACAAUUACUGGCAACAUCACUAGUGAUGUUGUUAAAGCGUAACUUCUACCUAUUAGACAUUAUAAUCGAUUACAAUUUGCGAAGUUUUAACAUGGGACUAAGUUCACAGCGUCAAAAAUAUACUUAUACGCAAAGUACGAUAAAAUUAUUCUCAGCAAAUAUUUUCAUAAUGAUUUUUGUGCAAUCUAUUUUUAUAGGCUGACUAAUUUACAUACCUUUCUAUUCGUGUAAUGCAAUGAUCAACCGUGAUUUACACGUGAUAUCAUUUCUAUGUUAUGGAUUUUGUAUAAAAUAGUUCAUACUCAAUUAUUUAUAUUUAUUAAUUUUGUAAAUUAACUUUUAAGGUAAAAUCGUAACUUAUUGCUCUAGAGUCUGAGAGUAACGUGUGCUUACAACGUGAGAUUUCGAGUGAAUGUAGUUAGUUUUCUAUUGAUUUAAAAUAUUUUAAUGUUUACAAUUAGUAAUUUAUUAUUAAUAAACAGUGGAUGUAAAAAAUAAGAAUUAAGAGCUCAAUCGUAUUGAUUUUUGAAAAGUUUAACGGCUUAACAAUGACAGGUCUCGGCUUGUUUGUUGUUAAUGCACCAACCAGCGUGUUUGGCUUGUUUUAUCACUGCCGAUAUUUUUAACAAUAGAUAAUUGUUAGUAAGUCCUUUGAUAAAACUAUACUAUUUCUAACUUGUUCAAUUUUGUAGGUGAUAUUUAAUGUGUACCUUGAUGUUUGGAACAAAAUGUACCGAUGUUUGUAACUCUAGGUUUUAACAUUAUUAUCAUACCUAUGUGGAUACUCAAUCAGUGUUAUAUAGAUACCAAAAAUUUGGAAAUUCUACUUUAAAAUAUAUAAUUAAUAUAUGUAAAUGUCUAUUUGAAUAAAUUAAAUAAUACUUAUACGUGA